GGUGGAUCGGACCGAUUAAGCCUAUGUCGUGUCCGUCAAGGCCACAUUCACCACGCGUGUAGUAUAUGCAUCGGUCGGUAGUGUCGUGUGCCUCCCUCCUCCCCUCCAGCGACCCGUCGAAGGCUUCGACAGCAGAAACGAGCACAUCGAUGAAUGGAUGCAUGGUGGGAGGAAAGAGACCGACGCACCGCAGGCAAGGCAGAGAUACGGUACCACGCACGCAUACUCAACAACAAGAUAGACGUCGUGUGCCGUCAGCCAAUUAGUCAGCUACCCCCUCCCCUCCCCUUCCCUUCCCAUCAGAAGUGCAUUGUAUGGGCAGCGAGCCCCUGCAGUCAACGCAUCUCGUGCCACUCCCACCCCCUCAACCACUCACAGGCAAAAUCUGAGGCCAGCUGGCUGCAUUUGCAUGGGGCCUCUGAAAAAAAAAGACACAUAGAGCUGACAUCGGAGGAAUAUGCAGAUCGAUACACCGAUUCGCACAGUCACGCAGACACACGGAUGGAAAACUCUGCGGGGCAGGUCGCUGCCUGCAACUUGCCUGGCUGGCUAGCAGAUACUCGCCAGCUGUUUGGUCUUGUCGAUGCGCUUGAGAAUGCCCGCCAGGACGGUGCCGGGGCCCAGCUCAUACCCCGACUCAUACCCCCUCUCCAACACGGCCUUCACGCUGCUCUCCCACUGCACCGGGCUGGUCACCUGCAUCACACACACACACACACACACACACACGUGUGAGUGUGUCGUCAGAGAGCCAAUCGAUAGAUACGCCAGCCGGCCUCUCGGUGACCUGUUUUGCGAGCAGCUGUUUGAUGGUGUCCGGGUCGGAGUGCGGCCGGGCGUCCACAUUGGAGAUGACGGGUAUCCUUGGCGUCUUGAUCUCCACGCCAGACAGGACGGCCUCGAGCUUCUCGACGGCGGGCUUCAUGAAGUCGGUGUGGAAGGCCCCCGCCACGGCCAGCUUGACAGUCAUGCGCGCCUUGAAGUCGGGCUUGGCGAUCGCCAUGACCUCCUCGCACGCAGCCUUUGAACCAGAUGUGACGUAGUUGCCGUUGCACAGGUAGUUGGCCACGAUGACCGGCUCGCCUGCAGGCAUCAAACGAACCAACAUUGCACACAGAUAAAGGACGACGAUCACUCCCUCCCUCCCUCCGUCCCUCACCGGUCUUUUCAGCCGCCUUGUCGCAGAUCUUGCCGACGGUGUCACUGUCGAGUCCAAUGACCGACACCAUGCCCGAUUCCGCCCCGUCAGCGGCGCUCUGCAUGGCCUCGCCGCGUGUCUUGGUGAUCUUGACGCCGUCCUCAAACGAAAGCGCACCGGCGUAGCACAGCGCUGAGUACUCCCCCAGGCUCAGGCCAAGGCAGCACGUGGCCUUGUUGGCCUCCUCCUCCCCCCUCUCCUGCCGCAGCUUCUCCACAGCCGCCAUGGACGCCACAAAUAUCGCCGGCUGGCAGACCGCCGUCUUGUCCAGCAGGUCCUUGGGGCCGUCGCGGCAUCGCUCGAGCAGGUCAUAGCCGAGGAUCUCGCUCGCCUUGUCGAAGAGCUCCUUGGCCUUGGGCACUGCUUCGGCGGUCUCGGUGGCCAUGCCAACGUACUGCGCGCCCUGCCCAGGGAAGAAGAAAGCCGUCUUGCCGGACCAGUCUGCAAAGCCAUCGUCGGCGGACAUGCGCAGCCGCGAUAGGCGCCUUGGUGUCCGGGAGCCGCCAUGCCGCCGUGCUGGGCUGGGGGAAUGGGGGGAAGGAGUGAAGCAUCUUGACGAUGCAAUGAAGAGGGCGGUGACGAUGCAUAAUCUUGAUAGCUGCAGCAUUGUGAAUCGUUGGCGAUGAACAGCCCUGCUUGAUAAAGAGCAAAAGGACGAAGAUCUCCCUCACAGGAUGCC